CGGCGGGCCGUUGCCUUUGCCGUGACGGCGGGGGGACGGGGACGCCCGCAGCGGAGCGGACAUGGCGGACGAGGCGCUGUUCCUGCUGCUGCACAACGAGAUGGUGGCGGGGCUGUACCGAGCCGCCGAGCAGGGCGAAGGGGAGAACGGCCGCUGCACCACCAAGCUGGAGAGCAUGGGCUUUCGAGUCGGGCAGGGGCUGAUCGAGAGGUUUACAAAAGAUACAGCCAGGUUCAAGGAUGAAUUAGAUAUUAUGAAGUUCAUUUGCAAAGAUUUUUGGACAACUGUAUUCAAAAAGCAAAUAGACAACCUAAGGACUAAUCAUCAGGGUAUUUAUGUUCUUCAAGACAACAAAUUCCGACUCUUGACACAAAUGUCUGCAGGAAAGCAGUAUUUAGAACAUGCACCAAAGUAUUUAGCAUUUACCUGUGGACUAAUCAGAGGGGGCCUAUCGAAUUUGGGAAUAAAGAGUAUUGUAACAGCUGAAGUUUCAUCAAUGCCCGCAUGUAAAUUCCAGGGUCAAGUCUUACACUUCCAGAAAUGUGAGAAUGUCCUGCGAUUGCAACUCAGUUUCUACUUUGAGACCAGCAAACAACUGGCAAGAUAUAAAAAAUAAUGCACUAGAACAACACUUUUGUCUGUUUUAACCAUCUUCUGUGUUGGAAUAAAUGUUUGUUGUCCAAGUGCAUGGUUGGGCAGGAACACUGGAAGUUGUUCCUCCGUAAGCUCUAAGGAAGUUCUAAAGCUUGCAAUGGAUAGUUGUCGUUUGUAGUCUAUAAAUCUGUGCUGGCAAGCUGUAGAUUACAGGCAUGUGUAUAAUCAAUGGAUAUUAAGAUGUUAUAAUCACAAAAAGAACAAGAGAGUUAGGCAAAGUAGACUAAGAUAA